UACAUCAGUUAAACUGGACUCUCUCAUUCUUCCCCUCAGCCCGGCAUCCUUCCGUAGGGCAGGCCCGUGGUGUCAGCCCGCAGUGGUGCGCAGUUUGUGGUGUGCGUGCCCCGCUGCCGUGCCCGUGCUGAAUGACGCACGGAGCAGCUGCCGAUGGCACCCGGAGCUGUCCCGGGGCCGGCACGGCCCCGCCUGCCGGGCAGCCUGGCAACGCCCGCGGCGCAGCGCGCCCAACGCCCGCAGCGGCAGCCAUGAGGGCGGCGGCCGGAGAGCCGGGCAGCGAGGCCCGCGGCGAGCAGCCCCGGCAGAAGUGUGUAUAUGUUGAGCCACCUAGAAGAGUUAAAGAAAUACUGGAGGAGCACUUUCAUUUACAGAAAGAAGAAUGCAAUAUUAACCAUCCAGCUGCAGCUGUUUGGACAAUUAGAGAUGCUUACUAAGUGGCCUGGGCUCUGAUAGGCAACAGUUGUCAGGUUGGAUGGUUACUGUUCUACACAGUUUAGACUACUACAGGCUAGUGUUUAAAAUAAAUUAGAUGGUUAGUAAAUUGUAACCUUUCCACAAAAUAAAUUAGCUUUUAAUUUUGUUCUGAUGGUGAUGGCUUUGGUUUUUUGUUUGGUUUGGGUUGGAUUUUUUGGGGGCGUGGGUGUUGUUUUCUCCAUUUUUAUGAGGGCAUUUGGUAUUCCAGUAUGACCAAAAAAGGAUGCUGCCUGCAUCAGUGGUAUUACUGCUGUUUCUUAUUUAUUAUAGACAAGCCAUAUCCUGCUUGGGUUGGGUGCCUGAGUAGUCCUCAGGGAUUCUAUAAACAGUAGAGAGCGUUGUGCACCUUUAGCCAUCUGAAUUUCUCUCUGAAGAUACCAACCUGUUUUCAAUAAGUAUGGGAGAAUAUUAUUGUGUAGUUUAUUAAUUCUAGAACAAGCAAUCAGUUAUAAAGCUGUUCUUUUGCCAAAUU